AUGGAGACUAUGAAUGGCAGAUAAUUGUAUUACCAUUAUUUUACAGUUUAGCUGCAUGUUAUAUGAAACCAAAAAUAAUAUGUCUGCACUCCUUUUAUUUUUUAUUUUAUUUUUUAUCACAUCUCUUACAUGGUUAGUAAAAUCUAGUGACUGUGGAACAAAUACCUGAUACAAGUAACUGUAAUUGUGCUCUUGUUAAAUUCUUGGUUUGACUUGAUAGAAGUGCAUAUUAUUGAGCUUUAGAUCUAACUUCUUUAUGCCAUCUCUGUGGACGAUGAUUGACACAAAUUUCUAGUCUAUGUUGGAUGUUCAUACUGCUUUCAAUUUGUUUUCUGUUCUUUCAUUUUCUCUAUAAGUCACCAAGUGUUGAUGACUACCCAGUAGCAUCCUGAUUUUAAACUUAUCUCACAUGCUAUUGGUAUUCUCUGCAGCCUACUAUUUGCCCCAAAAUGCUGGAGACAUAGCUCGGAAAUUCAUAAAAGAUCCUGAAUUAUUGUCCUUCAUAGACGCUGAGUGUUUUAUAGUGAGUACGGUUAAUGCUUUGCAGACUCCAAUGAUCAAUGCAAGCAUGGUUUUAUGUGACAGGCAUUUUGGGGGAAUCAACUACCCUGUUUAUGGGGUUGGUGGAAUUGCCAAAUCAUUAGCAAAAGGCUUGGUUGAGCAGGGCAGCGAAAUACUUUACAAGGCAAAUGUGACAAGUAUUAUAAUUGACCAAGGAAAGGCUCUGAGAGUGAGACUGUCGGAUGGAAGAGAGUUAUUUGCCAAAACCGUAGUAUCAAAUGCUAGAUGGGAUACAUUUGGCAAGCUUUUAAAAAGAGAAGAUCUUCCUAAUGGAGAACAAAAUUUCCAAAAACUGUAUGUCAAGGCCCCCUCUUUUCUUUCGAUUCACAUGGGGGUCAAAGCUGAGGUUUUGCCACCUGAUACGGAUUGCCAUCAUUUUGUUCUUGAGGAUGACUGGACAAGUUUGGAGAAGCCGUAUGGGAGUAUAUUUUUGAGCAUUCCAACAAUUCUUGACUCAUCAUUGGCUCCAGAAGGGCGCCAUAUUCUUCACAUAUUUACAACUUCUUCCAUAGAAGACUGGGAGGGGCUAUCUCAAGGGAACUAUGAGGCAAAGAAAGAGCUUGUAGCUGACAAAAUUAUUAGCAGAUUGGAAAAUAAACUAUUUCCAGGGCUUAAAUCUUCUAUUGUUUUCAAGGAGGUAGGGACACCAAAGACACACAGGAGGUACCUGGCUCGUAUUAAUGGUACCUAUGGACAAAUGCCACGGGGCACUCCAAAGGGCUUAUUGGGGAUGCCAUUCAACACAACUGUGAGUUGAAUCACAAAUUCACAU